ACGCCACCCGGAAUAUCCGGAAGUGCCUGUCAGAGUCUGUGGUGCGAUGUCUGCUUCGGUGAUACUGUUGACAGCUUAAAGUACUUAGAAAAAGUGUUGAAAUUAUAACAUAAGUGUGAGCAGCGAUGAAGACCGUGUUUGUCACUGUGGGCACAACGAGCUUUGACGACCUCAUUGAGGAAAUUACGUCCGCCGAGGCUGUUAAGGCAUUAAAUCAUCGUGGCUAUGAGCGUUUGGUUCUCCAGGUGGGAAGAGGAUCAGUUCUCCCGGAUCCUGAAAACUUUCCACAUGUCAACCUGGAGGUUUUUCGCUUCAAAGACUCCAUAGCGAAGGACAUGGAGCAGGCAGACCUCAUCAUCAGCCAUGCGGGGGCCGGAAGCUGCUUGGAGGCGCUGGGCGCCGGCAAAGCACUGCUGGUGGUGGUCAAUGACAAGUUGAUGGACAACCACCAACUGGAACUGGCCAGACAGCUCCACAUGGACUCGCACUUGCUCUACUGCACUUGCCCCACGCUGACAGAAACGCUGAGGAGCAUGGACCUCUCUGUCCUUCGGCCUUUUGUGCCUGGUCAGCCACAGAAGUUUGCAAACUUUAUGGACAAAGCUCUUGGACUCCAGUGAAACUGACCUAACCGUGGGACUAAUUUAUAUAAUGAUCCCCCCACCCACACACACAUACACACACACUGAGUUUCUCCACCCAUGACAUGUUCUGCUCGACUGUGUGAAGAUCCAGAGCCACUUUCAAGGGACAGCCAGACUGUGCUGCACUGUCUGGAACACUAUAUUGCAGAAGCACAUACAGUACAUACUGUAUCUAACAGGUGCGAUAGUAUCAUGUCAAAGCCAAAAGGUAAGCAUCGGUGCAGUGAGUUUUAUUUGAUACACACGUAUCAGUAUUGGCUGGCAGCGUUAGCUUCUGAUAACCAGCGCAUACUCGAUUGCUUGUUGAAGUUGUUCUCUGGAUAGUUUGAUGAAAGCAUGCCACAGACAUUUUAUUAAGACACCUGGGAACGGUUUUCAGUUGUGGAAAAAAAGAGGCGUAAUAUGUCUCCUUUAAUAAAACACCAUUAUGUCUAAUCUCCUAUCUUCAGCAGGGAACAGGAAGUUUUAUCAAUGUGGUCCACCAUCCUACAGUAUGUAUGUGUGCCAAAGUGCACUUUUCAGGAUGUUUUGUCUACGCUUUGUCAAAGUCAUCUCAGGCUUGUAUGCUUUGUAAACCUCACUACAAUAAGGCCAAUAAAGAAUCAUGUUCAUUUA